CGAGCCGUCGCAAUGCGCGAUGCCACAUGCUCACCACCCUCAGAUCCUUCCAAGUCCUAAGCCAUGGCUCCACCGCCAAGAAAGCCAGCGGCGCAAGCUGAACUGUCAUUGUUUCCCUCAUUGAAGAACUGCCUUGUCAACCUCCCGGCGUCGCUCGUCACCGUCCUGGUCAACGCCGACACAAUUGCGCAGAAUGUCGUCGUCGAGCUCACGUAUCGCCAAGCUGCUCCAUCCAGCUCACCAAAAGCCAAUGGCCCAACAAACCUCCAAAAGUCCGUCUUCGUGGGAUGGACCGGCAUGCAAGCCAAGCGCAAGCUUGCGCCAGUUGUCGGAAGAGAUGGCAUAGCUGGAAGCAGGGGAAGCGCGGUUGGCCGGGAUCAAGAUGUAGCUGUUGUCGAGCUGGAUGCUGCAUUCGGACGUCUGCUUGGGCUCGAAGAUGGGCAGAAGGUCGGCGUCUUGUUACAUUUGGAUCCACCACAGGCCCAUACUAUCAACAUUGAACCGUUGACACCAGCUGACUGGGAGAUGAUCGAGCUCCAUGCCCAGUUUCUAGAAUUAAACUUCCUGUCGCAGGUGCGCGCACUGCCCAAUCCGGCAUUUACACCCACUCCGGAAGCAGCAGCACAACCACCACAUCCUAUUACCUUGCAUCUGUCGCCCACGUCUACCGCCAAUAUCACAGUCACCUCCCUCACGCCGGCCCCGGCAUCAUCAUCUCCGUUCAUAAAGAUAUCUCCGGAUGCCGAAGUAAUCGUAGCGUCCAAGACUCGACAGAGACCAGGGCGCGGUGAUGAAAGGGAAAGCAGGAGUGUCGCGAGCACAAGUCGCAAGAGUCAAGGAGGGAAAAGCUCGGCCAGCACGGUGCGCCGGGGGAGCAAAAGAGAAGACACCAGCAGUCGUGGUGCGAUCUUUCUGCGAGGAGUGGAUCGGAGCCUUGGAGGAGAUUGGUUCGACGAUGAUGAGAGCAUACAAAAUGGCGGGUUGAAAGUCUGGGUGGAUCGAGAUAUCCUGCUGGCAAAGGCUAUGCGCGGAGUCACCUGGGUUUAUGUCUCGAUCGUAAAGCCCACUGGUUUGCAAGAGCCAGUUGAUCCUCAGAAAGAUGCGGAGACAGUGAAGCCCCCCACCAAAAUUGUUGCCAAGCUCGAUGUCUGGGAAGACGCUCCGGAUAGUCAUCACAUGGCUCUUUCGUCUGCACUAUGCGCGGCCCUUGGUGCCGAUGGAUUGCUUGGUGGCUUGGUGCGCAUUGAAGCAGCUCCGCCCCAAGUUGGUAAAUCCAAGGCGUCUGGCUUCAAGGCUCUGAAGAUCUCACCUUUUGGUAUGACCAGUACCGCACAACACACUGGUCUUAGAUUUGGAGGUGAAUCCAAGCAAGAACGAGAAGAAGCGGCGCGCAAUAUCCAGGACUACUAUAGCAAGGAUAUCGUCAACUCCCUUCUUGACGGUCCUCUUACGGAUGGAAUGAUUUUGCCGGUAACAGCAGAUGGCGACCUAGGCUGGAACGGUGGCAUUCUAAGAUUCGAGACCGACUCACCUUUAAACAGCUCACCGGAAACCACUAGACUCCAACCCUCAUGGUUAGUAGGCGCGGAAAGAAAGGGAAUCGCGAUAAAAGUGGAUGUGGAAACGAGCAGGCCAGCAAGUGCGUUGCAGAGUUGGUCGCCAGGCGAGGCGCUACCUGCAUCUGUUCCGGCUUUGGUCGGAAUAGAUCCGCUGAUCGAUCAGUUGAUGUCACAUUUGACGCAUUCAUCAUCAGUGCUACUCACUGGAGGCUUGGGAGCUGGCAAGACAAACCUUGCACACCUUCUCGCCCACCGUCUAAGGACCGAAUAUCUUUACCAUACUUCCUACUUUCCAUGCCGCUCGCUAGUCACUGACGAGACACGCGUAUCGACAAUCAAGGAAACGAUGGGCCGGCUCUUUGCUGCGGCAUCGUGGGGCGCUCGGCUUGGAGGACAUGCCAUCGUCAUCCUCGAUGACCUUGACAAGCUUUGCCCUGUGGAGACCGAACUACAAGUCGGAGGGGAGAACGGACGGAGCAGACACAUCAGUGAAUGCCUCCAGUCCAUUGUUCGACAGUACUGUACAAUGGACUCGCGGGUCGUGCUGUUGGCUACCGGACAAGGCAAGGAAGCGAUCAACAACGUCAUCAUUGGCGGCCACGUAGUUCGUGAGAUUGUGAGCCUCAAAGCUCCGAACAAAGACGGCAGGCGGAAAGUGCUGGAGAAGCUGGUGAACGAAGAAGACGAGCAAUCAAACUCAGCACCCCAGGUUGACGGCAAUGGCGCCCAAUCAAGCCCGAAAGCGGACGGUAACCCUUGGAUGGAUGGUUCCAGCAAUGACAGCAGGCCGAGCACAUCCUCCAAGAACAAGCAAAAGGAGGGUUUCAGUGUUGACCCCACCAUUGACUUUCUGGACCUAGCAGGGCAGACGGAUGGGUACAUGCCUGGCGACCUAGUCCUGCUGGUGUCGCGCGCCUGGAGCGAGGCUCUGAUACGCUCCAUCAGCGCAGAAUCUGCUGCCGACACUGUAACGCUAACCAUGGAAGAUUUUUCGCGCACUCUCGUUGGUUUCACACCGGCUUCACUGAGGAAUGUCACAUUGCAGUCUAGCACUACGAAAUGGGACUCCAUAGGUGGCCUGCACGCUACUCGGCAAACACUUCUGGAAACUCUUCAGUACCCGACGACGUAUGCGCCCAUCUUCGCACAAUGCCCUUUGCGCCUGCGAUCCGGUCUGCUGCUGUAUGGCUAUCCAGGAUGCGGCAAGACAUUGCUUGCAUCGGCCGUGGCGGGAGAAUGCGGUCUCAACUUCAUCAGUGUCAAGGGCCCCGAGAUCUUGAACAAGUACAUCGGUGCAUCAGAAAAGAGCGUCAGGGAUUUGUUUGAGCGAGCAGAGGCAGCGAAACCAUGCGUGCUGUUCUUCGACGAGUUCGACUCUAUUGCACCCAAGAGAGGACACGAUUCUACAGGCGUAACGGACCGCGUUGUCAACCAGCUGCUGACGCAAAUGGAUGGCGCUGAGGGCCUGUCAGGCGUGUACAUCUUAGCAGCAACAUCGCGCCCGGAUCUAAUUGACCCGGCCCUGUUGCGUCCCGGUCGUCUUGACAAGAGUCUGAUCUGCGACAUGCCGAACCUCGAAGAGCGCAUCGAUGUUCUACGAGCAGUGACGCGGAAGCUGCGCAUCGCGCCCGACGUGCUGACGGAUGGCGACGAGGGCGAAAACCUUCGUGAGAUUGCACGCAGAACCGAGGGAUACUCUGGCGCAGAUCUGCAAGCCGUGGCAUAUAACGCACAGCUCGAGGCGAUUCACGACGUCCUGGGCGAUGCGGAACUAGACAUGGAAGACGGGCCUGGCGCGGUUGCGAAGAAAGGGAACGGCAAGAACAAGACGAAUGGUGUCAAUGGUCCCACGACAGGAAGAAAGGAAGGCAAAGGCAGCAGUACGGACUUCAUGCACUUCCGCUUCGGCGACGACACGGAAGUCGACGGCGAAAUCGCUAGUCCCGUAGCGCUGGGCGAGCGCGCGAGGAUCGCCACGCAGAUCCAAGAAAUGCAGGCACUGCGCAGGAAGCAGAAGCAGGCACAGCACGAGCAUUCAGGAAGACAAGGCCAGCACGUCGCCGAUGCGGAAGCCGAGGCGGCAAAGGAUGCAGCUGAGGGCAGCAAGGAGCCCGUUAUUGAAUGGCGGCACGUGCUGAACUCGCUACAGGCGACGCGGAGCAGUAUUUCGGAGCAGGAGCGUAGGCGGCUGGCCGGAAUCUACAGGGAGUUUUUGGUGGGCAGGAACGGGGAGAUGCCGAAUGGGCAGGGCGGGACGGAGAUUGGGGGGAGGACGAGUCUGAUGUGAGUUGAGAGGGCAUUGUAUAGGCUGUAGUUGAGUAGAUUGAGGAGUGGUGGAAGCCGUUUCUUAGUGCUGGGUAGAUGGCGUUGCGGCGUGCCGGGUGUGCCUGACGCAGUGACGCACACAAGCAUUAAUUAUUUUCUGCAGGUCAGUCGGCCCUACACGAGCAGGGAUGGCGCAACUCAUGGACAAAUUGAGACACAGUCGGACGCGGCC